UGCAGUGAGUGGCCGCCAGCAUGACUGACAUGCCCUCCUCGAGAGUGGUCACACUGGGGCCGGAUCCUCCCAUGUCUGCGGCAUUCCGCCCCAACCCAGACCCGCCCUCGCUCUCGCAACCCACCACUUCAAGACACAAUCCAACUGGCCCCGCCCUCAAUCUCGAGCAGCUUCGACCCAUGCUUCCGGGAGGUGCUAGGGGUCCCAUACCCGGCGCACGCCUGCCAGGUGACCCCAACGGUCAAAGCAGAGCACAAUCGAUCAAGUCUGCGAACCAACCUCCUCGAAAGCAAAGCGGGCGAGGGAAGAGCGUCUGUGCGCAAAGUCCGACCUCCUUCCUGCGAUCCUCCCCAUCUCCUUCGAUGGCGACAGAUCCCGGUCUCUUUCGUUCAUCAAUGCGCUCGAGCAGCUAUUGCAAUACAACCAGGAUUCUUUUAAAGACGAACCCGCUUCUAUCGAAUGGGCGGCUUUGCAUCUUUCCAGGAAAGCUGCCUUGUGGUUUGAGCAACUCAAGUCGGUCAAUCAUGUCGCCACGCAGACAUGGAAAGAGUUUCGGGCUGCCUUUGCCGAUGCAUUCAUUCCUCCGAUCGACCGUCUCGGUCUUCUCGACCAGCUGCUGCAGCUGCGCCAGACGAGCACCGUUCAGAAAUACAAUGUGGCGUUCUCUACCAUUAUUGGCAAGCUCGAUGCGGCCGAAGGGACCUUGACCAAAGAUGUCUACCUCCGGGGUCUGUUACGAGAAGUCUAUGCAGAGCUUCAGAACGAAUUUGGCGAUUUGGAUGGAGAUGGGACAUCACGUACCAUUGCACAACUUGCCCAAAUGGCCCAUCGAAUCGACCAACGCCUACGCUCGGAGGGUAAUACUCCUGGUCUCUCCAGUUUGGACCCUCUCCUUUCCUCGCUGCCUGAGCAGGUAUCCGGCAUAUCCGGCCCCGCAUCUCUCCCCACAUCUAUUCCCACAUCUCGUCCCACAUCUCUUCCGGCAUCUCUUCCGGCAACUCCUCCCUCCAAACCUUCUUCACAUUCCACCCCGGCUCCCAUCCGGCCCAAGUCCAUCCCUCCGCCACCUGCCGAUGCCGGUGAAGGACGCGAUAAACACCGACGCCGAAUCCGUGAAUACCGUAUGCGCUACGGUCUCUGCCUUUACUGCGGUGACUCGGCGCAUAUCGUGGAUAAUUGUCAUGUUCGCAGGACGACCGAGACUGGCAAUGCCGAUCGUGGCAAGCCUGUACCACCACCUCCCGAGAACGUCGGUCAGCCUCGCGAAGAGCUUCGGCGCCAGGUGCGAGAGUACAGGCAACGCUACCAUCUGUGUAAGUACUGCGGUAUCGCGGGGCAUGAACUAGAUGAUUGCCCCGACAGGCCACUAAGAAGCCAGAGUAGAAAUCCGGAAGACCGAGAAAAGGAAGUGGAGAAGGAAAAGGACUCUACUGCGGAAAUUGUGCACAAAAUUCAGGCUGUCCUAGGCAAUAUGGCCGUAGGUCCGGGUAAGAGAGGGAACGAAGGGCGUAGGUCGAAGAGUAGCUCGGAGGAUAAGAAAAGUGAUGGGAAAGAGAGCGAUGAUUGAGGAUGGAAUAUAGUGGAGAGUUGGAGGGCGUGAAAAGUGGCACGAGGGUGAUACAUACAGCUCGCAUUAUGGAUAGGACCAUAAGAGCGGAAGGAAGUCAGGGGUCGUAAGGCAGACAUCAUCGGUCACAUAUAAUGUUGGUCAAUGGAGCCGACUGUACCGAUGAGAUAUUUAUGUGUACUGGCAUGGCCUGGUUGUACAUGCUGUAGGAGUAAGCGAGUACUUGAGAAACCCACGAGCCAAACGUCGGUCUCGGCCUGCGCCCAAUUUUGCUGUGCGAUUUCCCUACCUCCAACGCGUAUAUAUCUUGGUAUAGCUACUUUGUAGAGCGCCGAAUUCAUGGAUAUGUUGCGGUAGAAAGUAACGUCGUUCAUAGCCUCAUGCUUAUGCCAAUGAGAGCGCUUGAAUGGAAGGUCAUAUCGAUACGCAUGUAGCACGCGCAUCCAUGCAGACACUCAGCAAAGGGUG